GGCACGCAGGCUCGGGCUUUGCCGGCAGCCUCGGCGCUCCGGAGCCCGGCAUGGCCGCCUCGCGCGCCUCCUCCGCCUCCUCCGCCUCCUCCGCCUCCUCCUCCACGGCGACCAAAACGAAGGCCCCCGACGACUUGGUGGCACCCUUGGUGAAGAAGCCGCACAUCUAUUAUGGAAGCCUGGAAGAGAAGGAGCGGGAACGGCUGUUGAAGGGCGAGUCUGGGAUUUUGGGGAAAGAAGGGCUUAAAGCAGGCAUUGAAGCAGGAAACAUCAACAUCACUUCUGGAGAAGUGUUUGAAAUUGAAGAGCACAUUAGUGAACGUCAGGCUGAGGUGUUAGCAGAGUUUGAGAGGAGGAAGCGAGCCCGACAAAUCAAUGUCUCCACGGACGACUCCGAAGUCAAGGCUUGCCUCCGAGCCUUGGGGGAGCCCAUCACGCUUUUUGGAGAAGGUCCUGCUGAACGUCGAGAAAGAUUAAGAAAUAUCCUCUCAGUAGUCGGUACCGAUGCCUUAAAAAAGACCAAGAAAGAUGAUGAGAAGUCUAAAAAAUCCAAGGAAGAGUAUCAGCAGACCUGGUACCACGAGGGACCGAACAGUCUAAAGGUUGCUAGACUGUGGAUCGCUAAUUACUCGCUGCCCAGGGCAAUGAAGCGCUUAGAGGAAGCCCGGCUUCAUAAGGAGAUUCCUGAGACGACGAGGACCUCCCAGAUACAGGAGCUGCACAAAUCCCUCCGAUCUCUGAAUAAUUUCUGCAGUCAGAUUGGGGAUGACCGGCCUAUCUCCUUCUGUCACUUUAGUCCCAAUUCCAAAAUGUUGGCCACGGCUUGCUGGAGUGGGCUUUGCAAGCUCUGGUCUGUGCCUGAUUGCAACCUUCUUCAGACGCUGCGAGGCCAUAACACCAACGUCGGCGCCAUUGUGUUCCAUCCCAAUUCCACCAUCUCCUUGGACGAGAAAGCUGUCAACCUGGCCUCUUGCGCUGCUGACGGGUCUGUGAAGCUCUGGAGCCUGGACAGUGAUGAACCGGUAGCAGACAUUGAAGGCCAUACGGUGCGUGUGGCCCGAGUGAUGUGGCAUCCAUCCGGACGUUUCCUGGGCACCACCUGCUAUGACCACUCCUGGCGUUUGUGGGACCUGGAGGCUCAGGAGGAGAUUCUACAUCAGGAGGGCCACAGCAUGGGCGUACACGACAUUGCCUUCCAUCAGGAUGGCUCCCUGGCUGGCACUGGGGGCCUGGAUGCGUUUGGCCGAGUGUGGGACCUGCGAACGGGACGCUGUAUCAUGUUCCUGGAAGGCCACCUGAAGGAAAUCUAUGGAAUAAAUUUCUCCCCCAAUGGCUACCACAUUGCAACUGGGAGUGGUGACAAUACCUGCAAAGUAUGGGACCUUCGGCAGCGGCGAUGCGUCUACACCAUCCCGGCCCAUCAGAACUUGGUGACCGGGGUCAAGUUUGAGCCUAUCCAUGGGAACUACUUGCUCACUGGUGCCUACGACAACACAGCCAAGAUCUGGACCCACCCCGGCUGGUCCCCGCUGAAGACCCUGGCUGGCCACGAAGGCAAAGUGAUGGGCUUAGAUAUUUCUUCCGACGGGCAGCUCAUAGCCACUUGCUCCUAUGACAGGACCUUCAAGCUCUGGAUGGCUGAAUAGCCAGAACCCCGGACUGGCCCUUAAAAAAAGAGCUAUUUCCAAAAGAAAGGAAUCGAAGUCUUCUGUUCCAUCAUGUAUUUCGCCCGUCUCCACAGACAGGCAAAACCUCAGCAGAAUGGAUUUCUGUGGACAGGUUUCCCUGUGUCUCCGGGUGUUGGUCGAGCCCCUUUUGUGGUUGAAGUUGUCGUGUUCAUCUUCAGGCCCGCCUCAGACUGUGUAGACAUUGUUCUUAUGAACCUUUUAUUCACAUACCCGAUUGCCUCUCACCACACUCAGGAUUGUGGCUGUCUUCGCCUUUAGGAACUUCGCUUCCCCUGACAUGGCCUGUGAUCUGGACUGCCCGGGAGCCCCGGAGCAAGGCAGCUGGACUCCCCUGGACCACAGAUGGUUCACAGAGCAUGACAGGAGAUUCACUCGGCUGCCCUGAGAAGGAUGUCGAGGGUCACACGUUUCUGGUUCUCAGGGUUGCUCUUCCUUGAAAUACUCCGAACUGCAUCGGGAUCCUGCGCACUGAACGUUGGCCUUGAAGUUUGGGCUCCUGUGUGUGAUCCCACCUAUUCCCUGGCAGUUUUAGAAAGCAAACGUGCCGUCUCCGUAGCGCCAACACUUUUCUAGGGGCUAAGGACUGUGCCCUCGAAUCGUGGUACCUAGAAAAAAGUCCCUAAUGGGUACUUGUGAGCAUGAACUUGCUCUUUUACUGUUCUUUUUUUAAUUUUAUUUUAUUCUAUUUUAUUUUACAGAGCAAAAUCCUAUAAGAACUCUCGUUUAAAAAAAAACUAUUUUGUAAUAGUUAAGCAUUUUCUGAAUCCCAGCCAUUAGCCCAUGGAGGCUUUUUUGUUUUUGUUUUCAGUUUGAGCCUUCUCAAAUACGGCUUUACAACCACUGACCACAGGAUACACUGUAAAUUCAUCAAAAUAUAGGAAAUUUGAAGGACCGGUAUAGGGAAUUCAAGAAGGGCUUACACCUGGCUUCUUGAAUAUUUAGAGUUUAUUUCAUUUGCUGUUCCAGAGUGACUUAGUUUAACUUUGUCUAAACAAAGAAUGUGACAUAUCAGUAAAUAUUCAGUUUCAUCUGAUUUCAUUUAAAACCAGUUAGGUAACUUUUGUAUUUGCUAAACUUCUGAAUAAGUGUUACAUGCUUGAU